AUGGAUAGUUACGAGCCGCAGAAUAAAACGAUUGGUUUAUGGAUGUCUGACAAAAAGAGUCAGAAACUUAACUGGAAGGAAUUUAUAAAGGCGUGUGCUUCUCAUGGAUACAAUUUAGUAAGAUUGGAUUUGGAUAAAUCAUUAGAGGAACAGGGACCAAUUAAUGUGUUCCUUCACAAAUUAACUGAUGUCAUUGCUGCUGCUGAUUAUGGGGACCCAAAGGCAUCAAUAACCAUUAGUCGAGUGGAACAAUACCUGUCAAAUCAUCCGAAUAUAACAGUUAUCGAUCCUUUGGACAAUGUCAGGAUAUUACUUAACAGAUAUUGUUACUACACAAUCCUACAAGACGAGCCAUCGCUUCGUAAACAAGGAAUAUUUACUCCAUCCUUCGCAGAAUUUACGACAGCUAAUAUAGAAAUGAACAUGGAGAUCAUGAGACAAAGAGGUGUCAAGUUCCCGGUCAUCUGCAAGCCAACCAUAGCUCACGGAUCUAAGUCGGCCCACGAUAUGAUUGUGAUAUUUAAUGAGAAAGGGUUGCAUGUAUGCAAACCUCCCUGUGUUGUACAGAACUUUGUUAACCAUAAUGCAGUAUUACAUAAAGUUUUCCUAAUAGGAGAUAGGUACCACAUUUGCGAGCGACCUAGUCUAAAGAACUUCUACGCAUCAGAUGAUCUAGAACCAAUUUAUUAUAGUACAGGCGAGGUUUGUAAAGCAGAUAGUCAAUCCACAUUAUCAAUUUUAGACCCUCACGAUAAGGCCGAUAUUACAAUGACGCUAAACGAGGACAAGAUCAAAACUAUCAUAAGAAUAUUAAGAAAGAGGAUAGGGUUGCUUUUGGCUGGGUUUGAUGUAGUUAUUGACAAUGUGACUGGUGGACAUGCAGUCAUUGAUAUCAACGUGUACCCAAGCUACGAUAAUUUCCCAAAUUUCUUUGAACAUCUACUAGAUUCUAUAGAAGAGGCUGAAGGCAGAAAAGCGAAUAAAGUAUACUCAAAUGGAGAUUGCAACGGUGUGUACGAAGAAGAAUAUUUAGGCCAUAAGGUAAACGGUUUAAUUAAUGUUGGAAUGGAUCCUAUAAAAUUCGGUGUAACCGGUAUGAAUAUUAAUUGA